AUGGCAGAAGGCGCAGCAGAACCACCAGAAAGGUCGCAAUGGCUCGUUAAUCUUGGAAGGGUAACGUUAUUGCUGCUUUACGUGUUGCAAGUUUGUCUUUUCGUUUCGUUUUUGGUGAAAUAUUUGCACCACCGUGCAUACGUAGCGUGGUUUCUGUUGUUUAUACCAGCAGUUGUUUUGUUCGGGUACUUCCUUAAAGGCGCGAGAUCGUAUGCAGCCGACGACAAGGCUAUUCGACGCGUUUGGAUUACCUGGGGAGCAUACAUCGUCGCUUAUGUCGCCACCGUUGCCAUGAUUUUUGCCACAUUCGCACACGACGUUACUAAAAGUGACAUUCUUGGUAUCAACACACUGGUAGGCACUCUAUGUUUGACUCCAGUAUUGCUAAUCCUCCUGUUACAGCUCACGAUUUCCCCAUCCUACCAGAAGUCUGUCUUACGUACCUCCAUAUUCGCCGUGUUGAACCUCUUCGACGGCAUCAAAAUGUUGGAAAUAUUUCUGGCGCAAAACGAAGCGGAUUUCGAUCUGAACAUGGCAACGGAAAUAUCCAUUCUCGUCUUUGCCUGCAUUUGUUUCAUUCUCUCGCCUUUUGGACUGGUUCGAAAUAAGUUCAUGGCUGAUGGCACAGUGAAAGCUAGAAAGGAAACGUCCGCCAGUCUCGUUCAGCUGGAAAUUUUCUUGAUUAACCUCCCGUUUUUGGUUUUACGUGCCAUAAUUUGGCGUAAGUACGAAGCUGCUAUCUUUAUGGUAAAGAAUAUUCUCGCUUUAGUCAUUGGCGUAAUUGAGUACUUAGGCCGCAGAGGGAUGUUGAAAUGCGGCGCGUGA